AUGUCCACCAAGCGCAUCAGCAAAGAAUACGCCGAAAUCUCGCAAUCCCCCCCAGAGGGCUUCACCAUCUCCCUCCCGCCCAACGAAUCCAUCCACACGUGGCAAAUCACGCUCGUCCCGCCGCCCGCGUCGCCCUUCUACCCGGGCAAGUACGGCAUCCUGCUCACCCUCCCCGUCGAGUACCCCUUCAAGCCGCCGGCCGUGCGCUUCACCACGCGCAUCUACCACCCCAACGUGACCAACGACUCCCUGGGCAACAUCUGCCUGGGCAUCCUCAAGCCCGAGAACUGGAAGCCCUCGACCAAGGUCGCCGCCGUGCUCGACGCCCUGCGCAACCUGCUCGUCGAGCCCCAGCCCGACGACCCGCUCGAGGAGAGGAUCGCCGACGAGUACCGCAACGACCGGCCCGCCUGGGAGAGGAACGUCCGCCUGCACGUCGACAAGUACGCCCGCGGGGAGCCCGUCUUCCCCCCCGUCACCAAGUAG